GCUUCUUUGUCACUUUCCAAUUUCAAACCUCCUGCUGCUUUUUUACUUGUUUGGAAAUUUCCAAGAAGAAGAAACAAAGGCUUCUUUUUUCACUUGAAAGAGCUCAAAUUUGUGCAACCCUAAUGGAAUCUGAAGCCUCCAAUCGACCCCUUAGGCGGAGCAAACGUAUAAAACGAGCUCAAAUUCCAUCAAAUUCAAGCUCAAAAAUCCCUAUUCUGCCCGAAGAAAUCAUCACUGAAAUCCUCACAAGGCUUCCAGUGAAAUCACUCUUGAAAUUCAGGUCUGUUUCAAAAUCUUGGCUUGCUUUAAUUUCUAGCCCUCAAUUUAUCAACACCCAUCUCAGUUUAUCAAAGAACAAGGAAGACACCCACCAUAUACUUAUUUCGGGUUCUAGUGGAGCUAAAAGGAUUUUUAAAGAAUGUUCUAUUAGCUCUUUAUUUUAUGACUCUGUUACCCAGGUUCUCGACUUGGAUUUUCCCAUUGAAAACAGAAUCGAUUUCACGGUUUCUUGCAAUGGAUUGAUUUUUCUUGCUGAUUAUAUAAAAUAUUCUCUUCUAUGGAACCCAACAACUAGAAAGCACAAGAAUUUACCUGAUUUUAAACCUAGAUUCAAGAAAAACUACUAUGUCAUAUAUGGUUUUGGAUAUGAUGAGUUCCGUGAUGAUUAUAAGGUGGUGGGCAUUUCUUAUGGUUCGGAUGGCGUGGAGGUCAAAGUAUAUAGUCUAAAGAGUGAUUCUUGGACUAGUGUUGAUUACUGUUGGGAGAUAUUAAAUGCUCCAGGCUCUUCUCAAAAAAUGAAAUUAUAUGGUACAGGUUUGUUUGCGAAUGGGAAGCUUCAUUGGGAUACUAUUACUAGUGGUCCAAUUAUGCGUUGGGGCAGGAACAUUAUUUCUUUUGAUUUAGCUAAUGAGAAAUGGGAAAAGAUGGAGAAGCCUUCCUAUGGAGUAGGAGAGAGUGAUUUGUGGGUGGGAAAGUUGGGAAGUGAUCUUUGUGUCUAUAGUGAUUAUAGGACAACUCAUUUAGGUGCUUGGGUUAUGAAGGACUACGGGGUUAAAGAAUCUUGGACAAAGAUGUUUACCAUCAGGAGGUAUCUACUUAAUCGAAUUUUGUCUCAGCCUUUUUUCAUGUCAAAUAAAGGUCAAAUAUUGGCGGCUUCUAGAUCAGCUUCUUUUUUUGAAAUUUGUAUCCCUGCUUCUAGAUCAACUAUCAUCAUAUAUAAUUCAAAAGAUGACUCCUUCAUAUAUCCAGAUGUUAUGAACUUAGAUGGCUGUCUUGGUGAGGAAAUCUAUAUUGAAAGCCUAGUUUGUCCUUUUUCUACUGAAGGGACAGAGAACGCAACAAAAGAAAGGCUGAAAAAGCUCAGAUCAAAACAAUCAAGUAAUAAAUAACUUACCGUGCACAAGGAAAAACCUGCAUUUGGUGCUUCUAUAUCUGCGGUGGAAAAAAAAAAAGGCCAUCAUAGUGAACCUCUCCUUGUAAGCCGGGGGUGUAUCAAAUCGGAGUCUCCUUAGGUAGCCACUGACCUAUUGUUAUCCUUUAACUUCCGUGCUGGGGGGUUGGAAGAACCCCAAAAAAAAAAAAAAAAAAAGUACUUUCAUUUGCUGUUCUGUUCCCUGUUUCUACUUGUCAUUUGAGUUGUGAUGACUGAUGUAUCAGUGAGGUGCUUUGUUAAUUGUUACUUAUGCACCAAUGGACUUUCAGAAGUGAAAGCUCAUGUGACAAACAACUAUUCCGAUCCCUUGAUGUCUAUCUGCUCAAGUUAUGUGUAUUUUGUGAACUGGAAGUUAUAUUCCAUUUGCACUUAUACUAACGAUCCUAUCCCUUGAGCUUGAACAAGCGAGCAUUCGAGAACAGUCCAUCCUGCCAUAAUGGAUCUAUCCUACUGGCUACUGCUACCUAACAGAAUGCGCACUUGUAUAUAUUUCUACAAAUGGAGAUUAUUUAUUUUUCCAGGGAGAGCGUAGGUUGUCUAACAAGGAUCAUGAUAAAAAACUUUCCAUUAUGGAAAUUGAUAAAAACUUUAAAUUGCAAUUUAAUUUAGGUAUGGAUUAAUAGUUACAUUC